UCUUUUUUUUUUUUUUUUUUUUCUGUCCUUUUACAGGGCUUUUUUCCAUAGUGGCCAUAGCAGAGUUGUGAAGCAUGUUACUGCCCGCUGUCACUCAGGGACUGCAAGGGAGGGUGGCUGCUGCUGCUGCAGUCGAAUGUGGUAAUGCCUGUUUACAAACCACCUUUUUUGUGUCAGUCUUUCCAGGAUUGCUAAAUUCACACAUAAAUUAGGAUGCUUUUGCUUUUCCACCAAGUUACUGCUUUUGAUAGUCCUUCACAACCUGUCUUAGAUCUGGAAUGACGCUUUGCCUUUUGAGUGUGUGCUGUGGAAGAAGCGGGUGGUUAAAGUUAGAUUUCUUCUGACAGUAGGGAUUUAGAAACUGCUGCAUUAGCUCAGCCCUGUGAUCUGCCUGGUCCAGAGCUCUGGAUAGCAAGAGCCAAAAUCAGAUGUUUCAAAGGCCAGUGUGAGGCCACAGAACAGAUUACUAAAACAGAAAGCUGCCCUUUUAUAUCACUGAUGUUUGUCCAUAGAAUUGGAAAAGCAAAGGUUGAAAGUUUGUUUGAUCCAAGAGCACAAAAGCUGGAAAAUCCCAUUGCCUGGCUGAUGCUAGUUAGCACCGAUGUUUUGUAUCCUCCAGGAAAUUGCUUUGUUGCUUGUUGUAUCUUAGGGAAAUCAGGGGUGUGUUUAUCCUUAAACAGCAUUUUUAGAUGGUGCCUUGAAGUUGGUGUAAAAUAAGUAAUGCUUGUAUGUAGUCUCAUAGCCCAAUUGUGGAAAGGACACACAGAGUGGGGUUCUCAUUUGGGAAACCACUCUGGGCUGGACUAGGCUGGACUGAAAGGAGGCAGCAGUGGUGGUCACUGAGUGGUUUUGGCAUGUACAAAAUGGAUGUCUUUUUCUGGCACUGCUGAAAGCUGUCUAGCUGUUGGGUGGCAAGGGGUGUCCUGCUUUUUUUUUUUUUUUUUUUUUAGUCUUUAAUUUUUUCUCCUAUUUCUAAUUAUUAUUUACAAUAAUUUUAUGUGAUUUCUCUCUCUCUUAAGUACUGAAAUCACUACAAAAACUGCUACUAAAAAAGGCAUUCAGUGACCUCACUAUAGAAAAAAAGUAUAUUCCUUUCCUUGUCAUUUAUUUUAAUGUGUUGGGCUCCAAAGCCAAAGAAGUCAAAAGCCGGAGGAGUUUGUCCUCUGUCAAAUAUCCACGGAGCUGCUGCUGGGGCAUAUGGGAGUGGCAAUGGUGUCCCAGGCCCCCUCCCCCCUCCCCGACAGACGAGGACAGCUGCUGAUUAAAGAGAAGCACAAAAAAAGAGGUUGCUGAACUUUCAAAGUGGAGGUAGAAAAGGAAGUUAAAUUUAGAUUACCUUCUGCAGUGUCAUCUUCUACACCACUGUGGAACUUGCUGUACUCCUUGGGGGAGGACAAACAUGACAUGCCAUCCUGGGUGCCAGAUGAUAAAUUUGUUUAUAAGGCUUAAUUGCCCCUUGGCAUGAAAAUGUGAAAUGAGCUCAAGUAGAAUGAGAAACCUUUUGACAGGGCUAGUCAUAUUUUCCCUGGGGAGAGGUAAAUUUUAAACUCUUCCCAUCACCUGUCUGAUGCUAGAGGGGUCCAAUCCUGAUCCUUUUGACAUCAGGGAAGUUAUUGCUGUUUCUUUAGAGGGACAGCUGUUAUCAGGAGUUGAGGGUUGAACAGUGUUAUGAGUCAGAAAAAGUGGAACUGUGGUGACAGGCAGAAGGUAGCAGGGAAGUGCUUUGGAUCUGUGAAGGAUACCGUGGUCCCCAGGGUCUGGAGGAUCGGAGGAGCGGACUGCCCACAGCAGAUGAAGAAAUGGUUGCUGUGGGGCUUUAAAUUUCUGCCUUCCCAUGUGCUGGCGUGGAGGAUGAGCCUGCAGAAUGCCUUUCCUCCUGGGUCUCAGACAGGGUUUUGGCUGGUGUGGACCAUCAUCAUCAUCCUCAGCUGCUGUUGUGUUUGCCAUCACCGCCGCACCAAGCACCGCCUCCAGGCCCAGCAGCGGCAGCACGAGAUCAACCUGAUCGCUUACCGGGAGGCCCAUAACUACUCAGCCCUGCCCUUUUAUUUCCGGUUUUUGCCAAACUAUUUGCUACCUCCCUAUGAGGAAGUGGUGAACCAACCGCUGACCCCCCCGCCCCCGUACAGUGCCUUACAUCAGCAGUGUGUCCCAGCAGGCAGCAGUAGCACAAUCCCAGACACGCCCAGGACCCUGCAGCCAGCACAGAGCAGCUCUGCAGCACCCAGCAGCAAUAACAGCAGUACUGACAGCACCGGGGCGCCCGGCCGCGGGGACCCCGAGCCCUCCGCCACCGUGCUGGGCGAGAGAGCCGUCGCCAAAAUGCAAAGCGUCGAGCCGGGCAGUACCAGCACAGGAGCCGAGUUGGUGGAGAGGGCCGGUCCUGAUAAGGAUACAGAGUGCAAGGAAGAACUGCUGAAAGGUUACAGCUCUGAGAGCUUAGAGCAGAGCAGCGCCAUUCCCGACGCCAAGGACAAGACCCCGGGCAGGCAGCGCCGCUUCACCGGCGACUCAGGCAUAGAAGUCUGUGUGUGCAACCGGGGCCAUCACGACGACGACCUCAAGGAGUUUGACGGGCUCAUCGAUGACGCUCUGGACGGGCCCCUGGACUUCUGUGACAGCUGCAGCGGCCGUCCCCACGGGGACGAGGAGGAAGGGCUUUUCAGUGCCACGGAGGAGCAGCACCGCGAACACAGCCACCACCACCUGCCCCGGCAGCCGGUGUGUGUACUCUUGAACACAAUAAAUGAGCAGGACUCUCCAAACUCUUGUACCAAUAACUCCCCCAGUUAAGGUGGCGGAGUGGAAGGGGGAAAAAAAACAAAUAAAAAUGGAAUAAGAGGAUUAAAACUUUAACAGGAGGAAAAGGUGAUACAACCUUCUUUUUUUUGUUUAUUUUUCUUUCUCCCCUCCAAUAUAAUAUCGGGACUAGACCUCAAAGGCCCAGCUUGUGGGGGAUGGGUCACUGGCUUUUGUUAAUUGUAUCUGCCCUGCUCCAUAGAGCAGGGACUGAUGUUUCUCAAUGAGACCUUCUAAAGAAUGGAAUUUUUCCAACGGUGAUUUUGGUGAUGGUUAUUACGAGUUUGUUGGUUUUAGUUUUCCGAAACACUGCUUUAUCUUGCAAUCAGUAAAACUCAGCAAAUCUCACCCUGGGAGGAUACCAGAUCACCAUAAGGCUUCAACGUCCAGGUGUCUUCCCAGAAGCAAGCAGCUUCUGACAGUGCCGGCAGUCAGUAGCCCAAGAGUUCUGGUUUGAUAUAGUGCUCUUGAGGCAUUGGGGAUUUCUUUUCAUCUUUUUUCUUUCUUUCUUUCUUUUUUUUUUUUUUUCUUUCCUCAUGUUAAGUUUCCCUGAAGCUGGUGAAUGCCCAAACACAUCAGCCAUCAGCCCUAUAACCUCUGGUGCUUCAGUGUUUAAAACAGCAGGUAGAAAGUUUCCCACUUGAAGCUGGUGACUGAAGGACCAGUUUCUUCUAGGAGUGUUAGUCUACCUUAGGCAGUUUGAAAAGAAAGGGUUUGCAGAAAUUUGCCUUUAUGUGUCAUUUUUAAACGCAAGUGUGUUCCUUCAAUGCCUCCAAGAGCACAGUUAGCAGUAGAAUCCGGGCAGCUGGGCUGCCUUCCAAGUACUGUGGUCUCCGAAUGACCUUUUCCCGGUGUGCUGCAAAAGGGCUUGGCUUUAUUUUUGUCCUUUUUUUGCACCCCGAUAGCAGCACACUGGAGUUCAGAUGACAAAAGAACAGGGCUCUCCUUGGCCAGCGUGCCUUCAAGCUUUAGCGAUGCAUGUUGAACAAAUGGAGACGAGAGCUCCGUCCAUUGCGAAAGGGAUGAUUUACCUUGUUAGAUGUGGAAGACCUGUGCAGUAUUUUUUUUUUUAUCCAAAAGUUUGGUGCGAUUCUAAUGAUGACCACUUAAAGAAAUGAAUGUCUGUUUUCUUUCUUUUCAUUUCUUUUUUUUAUGGUGGCAACUGGCUACUGUAUAAUGUCUGUGAGUGUGUGUGUGUGACUGCAAUCCAUGCAUGCGAGUCCUACUGGUAAUAUGAAAACCUGCUGUAAGACUGCAAGAAAAUUUACUGUAGCUUUGCUUUAAUAAACAGUAGAGAUUUUUGUUAGUAACAACCUGAAGGAAGAAAAAAAGCAAAAAAAAAAAGGAAGAACUGAAACUAACAUUCCCUAGAGUGCUCAUGUGGAAGAGAGCACAGUUCAGACUAUGUAACUUGUUCUCGGGAUUUCUCCCCGUCCCUUUUAUAAUUAUGGUCAUCCAGAUCAUUACUGUUAUGGGGAAAAAAACAUUGAAACCUGAACUUGGACAUACUCAGUUCUGAUUGAUUGAAAACCAAAAUCAGUUUUAACUAAGGUGGAAACCAAAAUAUAAUGCCUUUUCUGAUAA